UGAUAAACAGUCGUAAUCUAUUAAAGGCAGUAAAGACAAGUACACAGUUGUGAUGUGAUGUUCGCUGACUCUGUUAAACAGUGUAUUGUGCUGCUGAUUGUGGCAAUUGGAAUAUCAUGUUUAGACUGUGGCCAUUGUAAGGAUGGAAAGCCAUGUUCAAUAGUUACCGGGAAUUGUAGGAAUGGAUGUGAAGUUGGAUGGUAUGGGAAGCAAUGUAAUAAUGAGUGCAGUAACGGAACGUAUGUUUUAAAUGGAAAGUGUGUGAGAUGCCAAGGAGUGUGUAAAUACAACGCACCUUGUAACAAAUCAACCGGAAAAUGUGAUAAUGGUUGUGGUGAUCACUGGACUGGAAAAUUUUGCGAAGAAUGUGCUGAUGGAUUUUACAACAAAAACUGCAGUGGCACAUGUGGCUUUUGCAGAAAUGAUGAAGUGUGUAAUAAAGUCAAUGGGUACUGUAUCAAUGGCUGUAAAUCAAACUAUAAGGAUCCGUUUUGUCAAGACUGUUUACCUAGAUUGUUUGGAGAAAAUUGUCAACAAAUAUGUGGAAAUUGCAAAGCUGGUUUAGCAUGCAACACUACUUCCGGUAUUUGCUCAGAUGGAUGUCAGGACAACUGGAAGCCUCCUUAUUGUUCGGAAUGUGAACCUCAGAAGUACGGCCCAGACUGUGCCCUGGACUGUGGUCACUGUGAACAUGGCAAAUCGUGUUCAAAGGAUACAGGGGAUUGCCCUGGUGGAUGCGAAGAAGGGUGGGCAGGAGGAAGAUGCGAUAUACAAUGCAUCAAUGGGACGUAUGUUUCACACGGAAAAUGUGUCAAAUGUCAAGGUGUGUGUAAGGACCAAGCACCUUGUAAUAUAUCUACAGGUAGAUGUGAUGACGGUUGCAGUGAUCACUGGACUGGAAUCUUUUGUGAAGAAUGUGUUGAUGGGUUUUACAACAAAAACUGCAGCGGCAUAUGUGGAUUUUGUGUAAAUGACGAAGUUUGUGAAAAAGUAAGCGGGCAUUGUCUUAAUGGCUGUAAAACAGACUUCAAGGAACCAAUGUGCCAAGACUGUAUUUCCGGCUUUUUCGGAGAAAAUUGUCAACACAAAUGUGGUAAAUGUAAAGCGGAAGAGGCAUGCAACACUUCUUCUGGGGUUUGUCCAAAUGGUUGUCAGGACCACUGGGUCCUUCCAAACUGUACAGCAUGUGAACCUCAUAAGUACGGCCCGGAAUGUACAAUGGACUGUGGCCACUGUAAACAAGGAAGAUCGUGUUCUAUAGCUACUGGGGCUUGUCCUGAUGGAUGCGAGGGAGGGUGGACUGGAGAACGCUGUGAUACAGAAUGUAAAGAUGGAACGUAUGUUUUACAAGGAAAGUGUGUUAAAUGUCAAGGUGUAUGUAUGAAUAAUGCACCUUGUAACAAGUCAACCGGAAAAUGUGAUAACGGAUGUAGUGAUCACUGGACUGGAAAAUUUUGUGAAGAAUGUGUUGAUGGUUUUUACAACAUAAAUUGCAGCGGCAUAUGUGGUUCUUGUGUAAAUGGCGAAGUUUGUGAAAAACACGAAGGGCACUGUUUGAAUGGCUGUAAAACAAAUUACAGGGAACCUUUGUGUCAAGAUUGUGUUUCCGGUUUCUACGGAGAUAGUUGUCAAAAUAAGUGUGGAAAAUGUAAGGCUCGCGCAGCAUGCAACACUACAUCCGGUGUGUGUCCAAAUGGAUGCCAGGACCACUGGAUACUUCCUAAUUGUACAAAAUGUGAACCGUAUAAAUAUGGACCUGACUGUGCAACCCAGUGUGGCCACUGUAAAGGCGGAGGCUCCUGCUCAAUGGAUACGGGGAACUGUCCCGGUGGAUGCACAUACGGUUGGAUCGGGGACCGCUGUGAUAUAUUCUGCAGUAAUGGUACUUACGUCUCGGGUCAAAGUUGUGUCAAGUGUCAAGGUAUGUGUAAGGACAGCGCACCUUGUAAUAAGUCAACCGGAAAAUGUGAUGACGGGUGUAGUUUACAUUGGACGGGGACAUAUUGUGAAGAAUGUGCGGAUGGAUAUUUUAACAAAGAUUGCAGCGGCACAUGUGGUAAUUGUGUAAACGGUGAAGUCUGUGAAAAAAAUGAAGGACGUUGUUUAAAUGGAUGCAUGACCAACUAUCAGCAACCAUUAUGUAAAGAUUGUAUUCCUGGGUUCUAUGCAGAGAGAUGUGAAAAGAAGUGUGGAAACUGCAAAUCUGGAGUAUUAUGCGACUCUACAACUGGGCGUUGUCCAGAUGGAUGUCUGGAUCAUUGGGUACCUCCGUAUUGUACAGCACAGGCUAGCAGUUCUACAUUAAAUUUGGGAUGUCCUCUGUCAUGGAUCCUGUGUUAUCUUUUUAUCCAGUUGAUAUUGAUUUAGCUAAUAAGAUUUUCUUACAACUGAAGUAAAUUUUAAAGCAACACAAA